AUGGAAAUGACCAAUAAGGGAACGGCCAAUUGGUAUACGACCUAUGAUGAUCGGCGAUAUUUUAUAGAGGAUUCACCAAAGUAUAACUGGCUUCAAGCCCUCGAUGAAUGUUCCCGACGAGGUUUACAACUUUUUGUCAUUGAUGAUCCCUCAAAAAAUACAGCCUUUGUAAAUUUUCUCAAAUUAUUGUAUGGAAAACCUCUUGAUUUGUGGAUUGGUCAUCAUGAUGAGUUCAAUAACGUUGCAAAUCGCACCUGGUACUCAGCAGCUUCUGGCGAGGCCAUAAAUUAUGGUAACUGGGCUAAAGGAGAACCAAAUAAUCGCUUUGGAGAACAUUGCGGACAAUUAUAUAGAAAAUCGGAUUUUCAAUGGAAUGAUGAAGACUGCGAUGAUCAUUAUUUUGGUUAUAUUUGUGAGGAGCACUAUUUAAGUGGCAAAUGUCACAAGGAUUUGGAGCAACGGCACAAUGCUACAAAUGAAGAAAACCUAAAGCUCCUCACAGCUUUUAAUGCAACUCAAA